AUGCGAGUGAACCCAACGGUAAUCUACGGACAUAAUAAAGUCUUAGAGAAGAAAAAUGCCCUCUAUCCGUAUAAUAAGGUUGAAUGUAGAUCCCAAAGCAUCGCCACGGAAAGUAAUUCCUUCAAUUGGGAAAAUAUGUUUCAAGGAAGGAAACCCGAAAAAGUGAUUGUAGGAUUCGUUAAAAGCAAGAUAGUGGACGAAGACUAUACUACCAACCCGUUCAAUUUCGAAAACUGCGAGAUCAAACACAUCGCGGUGUACGCUGACGGACUUCCUGUGGGAGGAAAUCCUUUGAAAAUGGACUUUACCAGUGGCGCCACAGUCAUGAGAGCUUAUACCAAACUGUUACUUAGCGCGGGAAAUUGGAGACGGGACGAGGGCAACGCGUUAGACAAAUCACACUUUAUAAGCGGUAGCGCAUUGUUCGCCUUCCAGUUGCAACCCGACUUUUCGCACCACGGGGAGUGUAUGACUCUGGUAAAGAAUGGAAAUGUCAGAUUGGAAUUACUAUUCAAGUCAGCUUUAGCGGGUUAG